AUGGGAUAUAUCGUGCCUCGUAUGAUACUGCGCGAGGGCAAGUACCUAGGUACCAAGCACUGGCGCGACCGGAUCGGCAUCGUCCAAUCGCAGCCCUCAAUCAGACUAAUCAGACUUGCUGUUGCCACUGCUCCAGCCCCCUGCGCCACUCAAACGUUGUCUGUCCAAGGCAGGGAGACGCUCCAGUACGUACCUACGUUGGUAUUAGAGGUAUUAGAGAAGCAAGGCUGUGCGUUGUACGGUGCCAACUCAUUUAGGUUGGGGCAACAACCGAUAACUGGCAAAAGCGAGAGGGAUCGGCGUCCAGGCUCCAGGUACUCCGAGCAUUACGAAGAGGCAAAGGAACUAUCGGCGAUCCUCAGCCAUCGGUUUUCACUACGGAGUACUUCCUGCCAUUCCCAUUUGAAUCGACGGAUAAGCCGGAGCACUGAAAAAGGAUGGAUGACCCCACCGAUUCAGCAGCAAUGGACCACUAGGUACCUGGUACUUAAGGUACCUACCUCCUCUUAUAUAGCACCGCCACAUUCCCCCUGGCCCCCCUUCCCAAGAGAUUUUCUUGACGGGCUGCUCCUCGUUUCUUUAACUCAAUCACCGUCGCAGGAUAGGAGACAAGACAACGCUACUGCUCUACAUGGGCAAUACCUUCCCUUCGCUGUCUUACCCGUCUUGCCCAUCGCUCUACUACACGCAUUGCGUAUAGCCAGCGGUUCUCUCGUUUUCUUCCUUGUCCACAUUCGUUUUUCCAAUCGCCUUCUCGCUGCACUCAACAGGCAGGUCCUGCCGUCGACGACGUUCAUUUUGCGGUAUUGGUUGUCUUGGCAUUUUCAGUGCACGCAUUGUGCUCGUGCUCUUCAAUCGCAUCCAGCCGGCCCAGCCAAACGAAGCGGUGACUACGAGUCUCUAACAUUGCUGCCUGUUCAAGCGCUGCUCCCGAUAUCAUCCAAACUUGCGCCAGAUGCUAUAAUAGAACUGCAGCUGACCUCCCAAAACAAUAUGUCUGGUUACCAAGGUGGUCACCACGACCAGUACGACCAGGGCUACGGCCAGGCCGGACAUGGCGAUGGAUAUUACCAAGAUGAUCAGUACUACGACCAGGGCCACGGCGACCACGCUGCCCAGGGCGAUCACGCUGCCCAGGGCGACCACGGCGCCCAGGGUACUCAAGGUGACGGCUACUAUGAUGAAUCCGGCUACUAUCACGCCGAUGCCAACAACCCAUAUCACCAGGACGGAGGCUACUACGAUGGGCAUGACCAAUACCAGGACGACUACUACAACAAUAACCAGGGUUACUAUGAUGGCGAGUAUAACCAAGGCUACGCUCAAGGUGGUCGCCACCCAUCCGAAGAAGAAUCCGAGACAUUCAGUGAUUUCACGAUGAGGUCUGACAUGGCUCGCGCCGCCGAAAUGGAUUACUAUGGCCGUGGCGAUGAGCAAUACAACGGAUAUGGAGAAGGUGGCCGUGGUUAUCGCCCACCGUCCUCGCAGCUGUCUUACGGGGGUAAUAGGUCGUCCGGUGCCUCGACUCCCAACUACGGCAUGGAAUACGGCAACGGCCUCGCAAGCCAGCGCUCCAAGGAACCAUACCCUGCUUGGACAUCUGACGCUCAAAUCCCACUUUCAAAGGAAGAGAUCGAGGAUAUUUUCCUUGAUCUAACGUCGAAAUUCGGAUUCCAAAGAGAUAGCAUGCGCAACAUGUACGACCACCUUAUGACACUUCUGGACUCGAGAGCUUCUCGCAUGACACCUAACCAGGCGCUCCUGUCCCUCCAUGCCGACUACAUUGGAGGUGACAAUGCCAACUAUCGCAAAUGGUAUUUUGCUGCCCACCUCGACCUUGACGAUGCUGUUGGCUUCGCCAAUGCCUCUACCAAGAACAGAAAGCGCAAGGCCAAGAAGGGCAAAAAGAAGGGUGGCGAGGCUGGAAACGAGGCGGAGACCCUGCAAGAACUCGAAGGUGAUGAUAGUCUUGAAGCCGCGGAGUAUCGCUGGAAGACACGCAUGAACCGUAUGUCUCAGUACGAUCGCGUUCGCCAAAUCGCACUUUACCUGCUGUGCUGGGGCGAAGCCAAUCAGGUCCGAUUCAUGCCAGAGUGCCUUUGCUUUAUCUUCAAAUGCGCAGACGACUAUCUCAAUUCACCGGCUUGCCAGGCUCUUGUGGAGCCAGUUGAGGAGUUCACGUUCCUCAACAACGUCAUCACACCACUGUAUCAAUACUGUCGUGACCAGGGAUAUGAGAUUCUCAACGGCGUCUACGUUCGCCGAGAACGUGACCACAAGCACAUUAUCGGCUAUGAUGAUUGCAAUCAGCUGUUUUGGUACCCUGAAGGUAUCGAACGUAUCGUUCUCGAAGACAAGAGUAAACUUGUCGAUUUACCCCCUGCUGAACGCUACCUUAAGUUGAAGGAGGUGAACUGGAAGAAGUGUUUCUUCAAAACAUACAAGGAAUCACGCUCGUGGUUCCACUUGUUACUCAAUUUCAACCGUAUCUGGGUCAUACAUCUGACCAUGUUCUGGUUCUACACGUCACACAACGCUCCGUCGCUCAUCACCUACCAAUACGAGCAGCAGAAGGACAACCAACCACCAGCCUCCAAGCAAUUUUCGAUUGUUGGCUUUGGUGGAGCUAUUGCAUCACUGAUUCAAAUUUUUGCGACGCUGGCUGAGUGGGUGUAUGUUCCACGCCGUUGGGCCGGAGCGCAGCAUCUCACGAAACGGCUACUGUUUUUAAUUGUCAUCCUCGUUCUCAACGUCGCACCAGGUGUCAAGGUUUUCAUGUUUCACGGUAACAAAGAUGGGAAAGACGCCGACCAGAAGAACAAAGACACACCUAUCGACAAGGCUAUCGGCAUUGUCCACUUUGUCAUCGCAGUCUUUACGUUUUUGUUCUUCUCGGUUAUGCCUCUUGGCGGCCUCCUCGGCAGCUAUCUGACAAAAAAGUCACGACGUUAUGUGGCUAGCCAGACUUUUACAGCCAGUUACCCUCGCCUGACUGGCAAUGACAUGGCCAUGUCAUUUGGUUUGUGGCUGACCGUGUUCGGAGCGAAGUUUGGCGAAUCUUAUGUAUACCUCACUCUUUCAUUCCGUGAUCCAAUUCGAUAUCUGUCCAUCAUGAAGAUUGACUGCUUGGGCGAUGCGAUGUUCGGAAGCACGGCGGCGACGCAGCAGAUACUGUGCAAGCACCAGCCUACAAUUGUUCUCAUUCUCAUGACGUUCACCGAUUUGAUCUUCUUCUUCCUGGACACCUAUCUUUUCUAUGUCAUCUUGAAUACCGUGUUCUCCAUUGCACGCUCUUUUUACAUCGGCUCAUCGAUCUGGACGCCAUGGCGAAAUAUCUUUUCGAGACUGCCAAAGCGUAUUUACUCCAAGGUGCUCGCGACGACUGAUAUGGAGAUCAAAUACAAACCCAAGGUCCUCAUCUCCCAAGUCUGGAAUGCCAUCGUCAUUUCAAUGUAUCGCGAGCAUCUUCUCGCAAUCGACCAUGUGCAGAAGCUGUUGUAUCACCAGGUGCCCUCUGAGCAGGAAGGCAAACGGACAUUACGCGCUCCGACCUUCUUCGUUUCCCAGGAAGACCACUCGUUCAAAACAGAAUUCUUCCCCAGCCACAGUGAAGCUGAGCGGCGCAUCUCAUUCUUUGCCCAGUCUCUCUCCACACCUAUUCCCGAACCCGUCCCUGUCGAUAACAUGCCUACGUUCACAGUCAUGAUCCCCCAUUACAGUGAAAAGAUUCUCCUCUCUCUGCGAGAAAUCAUUCGUGAAGACGAGCCCUACUCCCGUGUGACACUCCUGGAAUACCUGAAGCAGCUUCAUCCGCAUGAAUGGGAAUGCUUUGUCAAGGACACAAAGAUUUUGGCAGAUGAAACAGCUCAGAUGAAUGGCGAACCAGAGAAGAGCGAAAAAGACACAGCGAAGAGCAAAAUCGACGAUUUGCCUUUUUACUGCAUUGGUUUCAAGUCUUCUGCCCCGGAGUAUACUCUUCGCACACGUAUUUGGGCCUCUUUGCGUUCGCAAACUUUAUAUCGCACAGUGUCUGGCUUUAUGAACUACAGUCGUGCCAUCAAGCUCCUGUAUCGUGUCGAGAAUCCCGAGGUUGUUCAGAUGUUUGGUGGAAACUCGGAAAAGUUGGAGCGAGAACUGGAGAGAAUGGCUCGACGCAAGUUCAAGCUCGUUGUGUCUAUGCAACGCUAUUCCAAAUUCAAGAAGGAAGAGAUGGAAAAUGCCGAAUUUUUACUGCGCGCCUAUCCGGAUCUUCAAAUUGCUUACCUGGAUGAGGAGCCUCCUCUAGCAGAAGGCGAGGAACCUCGCCUGUACUCCGCACUUAUCGACGGUCACUCAGAACUCAUGGAGAAUGGUAUGAGGCGACCAAAGUUCCGUGUCCAGCUCUCUGGUAACCCGGUAUUGGGUGAUGGUAAAUCCGACAACCAGAAUCACGCCAUCAUCUUUUACCGCGGUGAAUACAUUCAGCUCAUCGACGCCAACCAAGACAACUAUCUGGAAGAAUGCCUGAAGAUUCGCAGUGUCCUCGCAGAGUUCGAGGAAAUGAAGCCAGACAACCAUUCCCCUUACACACCCGGAGUCAAGAACGAUGUGCACACUCCAGUUGCUAUUCUUGGUGCUCGCGAGUACAUUUUCUCGGAGAAUAUUGGUAUUCUCGGUGAUGUUGCUGCUGGAAAAGAACAAACAUUUGGUACCCUCUUUGCCCGUACUAUGGCACAGGUUGGUGGCAAACUUCACUACGGCCAUCCUGAUUUCCUAAACGGUAUCUUCAUGACAACACGAGGGGGUGUAUCGAAGGCUCAAAAGGGACUGCAUCUCAACGAAGAUAUUUUCGCAGGUAUGAAUGCACUUGUCCGCGGUGGACGCAUUAAGCACUGCGAAUACUACCAGUGUGGCAAGGGUCGUGAUCUUGGAUUUGGUUCUAUUCUCAAUUUCACGACCAAGAUUGGCACCGGCAUGGGAGAACAAUGGCUCUCUCGGGAAUACUACUACCUCGGCACUCAACUUCCUCUUGACAGAUUCCUGUCCUUCUACUAUGCACACGCGGGCUUCCACGUCAACAACAUGUUCAUUAUGCUGUCUGUCCAGUCAUUUAUGCUGACGCUGAUGUCCAUUGGCGCACUGCGACACGAAACAAUCCGCUGCGACUACAAUCCACAGAAACCAAUCACGGAUCCUCUGUAUCCUACGAAAUGCUCCAACACGGACGAGCUGAUGGGCUGGGUCUACCGUUGCAUUAUCUCUAUUUUCUUCGUCUUCUUCAUCUCUUUCGUGCCGCUCAUUGUCCAAGAAUUGACCGAACGAGGUGUGUGGCGUGCAGCUUUGCGCUUCAUUAAACAGUUUUGCUCUCUAUCUCCGUUCUUCGAAGUGUUCGUCUGUCAGAUUUAUGCCAACUCAGUCCAGUCGGAUCUUGCAUUUGGUGGCGCUCGUUAUAUUGGUACUGGUCGUGGUUUCGCAACGGCUCGUAUUCCGUUUGGCGUUUUGUAUUCGCGAUUUGCCGGACAGUCGAUUUAUUUCGGUGCAAGAUUACUGAUGAUGCUCCUGUUCGCUACUUCUACUGCCUGGCAACCUGCUCUGACCUACUUCUGGAUCGUUCUGCUUGGUCUCAUCAUCUCACCGUUCCUGUACAACCCUCAUCAGUUUGCUUGGACCGAUUUCUUCAUAGAUUACCGUGACUUCCUUCGAUGGCUGUCUCGAGGCAAUUCGCGCGCACAUGCUUCUUCCUGGAUCAUGUUUUGCCGGCUCUCCCGUACUCGCAUCACGGGAUACAAGCGCAAAGUCAUGGGCGAUGCUUCUGCCAAGAUGUCUGCUGACGUUCCCCGCGCGGCUGUGGCCAACAUCUUCUUGACCGAGAUCCUCACGCCAUUGCUACUUGCUGCCACCACCACGGUUGCUUACCUAUUCGUCAAUGCACAGACCGGUGUUACAGACAAUGACAAGAACUCGAGUUCCUCGCCUGGCUUUAAGAUUGGGCCUAGCGGCGCAUUGAUUCGAUUGGCUGUCGUGGCUUUUGCGCCUAUCGGCAUCAACGCCGGCGUUCUUGCAGCCAUGUUUGGAAUGGCUUGUUGUAUGGGACCAGUUCUGAACAUGUGUUGCAAGAAGUUCGGGCCUGUUCUCGCUGGUAUCGCCCACGGCGCGGCUGCAGUCUUCAUGAUUAUCUUCUUCGAAGUUAUGUAUGUUUUGGAAGGAUUCAACUUCGCCAGAGCUCUUGCGGGUAUCAUCGCCGCCAUGUGCAUCCAGCGUUUCAUUUUUAAGCUCAUUGUGUCACUGGCGUUGACCAGAGAGUUCAAGACUGAUCAGUCCAACAUUGCCUUCUGGAACGGAAAAUGGUACUCAAUGGGCUGGCACUCAGUAUCCCAACCGGCGCGAGAGUUUUUAUGCAAGAUUACGGAACUCAGCAUGUUCUCUGCUGAUUUCAUUCUGGGACAUUGGAUUUUAUUCAUGAUGGCUCCGUUGAUUUUGAUCCCGCAGAUUGAUAAGAUCCAUUCCAUGAUGCUCUUCUGGUUGCUGCCUAGUCGUCAGAUUCGCCCACCCAUCUACUCCAUGAAGCAGUCAAAGCUUCGGCGUAGACGUGUUAUUCGAUUUGCCAUUCUUUACUUUGUUCUCUUCAUCAUUUUCCUGGCGCUCGUUGUUGCUCCAGGCGUCAUUGGCAAGAAGUUCCUUGGCGAUACAAUCUUCAAAGCUCUGGAUAAUGGCAACGGCGGCCCCGCCAAUUUGCACCUUCUGCAGCCGUGGGGACUGGACAACAACAACACUGAAGGCAAGACUGAAACUGGCACCAAGGCUGGUGGUGCUGAUGCAUCUGCCACAGAUGCCUCGAAGCUGCGUCUAUUCUAA